AUGCUUAUAUUCUUUGUAUUUGCAUGCUUAGUUUCAGCCUAGACUCAGGUAAAAGUCACUGGAACCGUCAUGGAUUCGUAGGGUAUCAAUAUUGCAGGAGUUCAUAUUACAUUAUUUCAGCAACAAUAAACUAUAGUAAGUGGUUAAACAAAAGAUGAUGGAAAGUACGAGCUCAUUACACAAAUAAACUAAGUUAGCAACCUAUUUGUCGAGGCUUCCUUAUAUGGAGAUUUACAAACUCCUUAGCGUUAUGCGGCAAAUCCCGACUCUAAUGGCAAUAUAGUAUAGGAUUUCAUACUCACUGUUGAUGAUGUGACAGUAAAUGGACCAGCUGUUUUAGCCAAAAUCAAUGGAUAAUACUUUAAUAAAAAUGCCCCAUUGAAUGGAGGAGCCUCUUAUGCUCCUUUGGAGGGAGUUAAAAUCGAUUAUUCUAUAGAAUACAUACUAAAUGGCAAGCACUCGUAUGAAUUUGCGAGUGCUUCAAACACUUAAGGAUUGUCAAAAAUAUUUACAGUAUAUCCCAAAUCUGCUGCCAUAUUGAAAUUCUUGGCAUAAAGUGAGAAUUUCUGGAAUUUCAGAUAAACCAAAGAUAAUGAUGAGAAUUUCGUUUUGAUUGUAACAAAUUAGUAUAAGGUGAAUUAUCAAGUCAUAAUGGAAGAAGGAGUAUUCACACAAACAGUAUUGGGCACAGUGGUCGAUAAGAAUUCUAAGAAACCUCUAAAAGAUGCCAAAGUUGAAGUCACAUUUAGCUCUGAAUCCAAGGGGAAGUUGAGUAGUCAGAGCUUAUUGACAAAAGAUGAUGGUAAAAUAGAAGUAAAAUAUAUAAGUAAACUUUGGUACAAAUUUACAAUUAAAAUAUCAAUAACAAAAGAGUAUUAUGCUCUUUAUGAAUAAUCAAAAACAAUUGAAAUGGAUCAUGACGACAGAACUAAAAAUUUGGAUACUUUCCAAUUAGGCAUGAUAGAAAUGCCAGUUUAACCAUCAGUCACAUUAUUUGGGUUUGUGUUAGAUCCCCAUUUAAAAGACAAAGACACUAAUCUAAAACCAGUUGUCAAUCUGCCAUUAUAAGUGAUAGCUAAAUUUGAAAACUUAAUUGAAAAAUUUGAGACUCAAACAGACUCCAAUGGCCAAUGGACGAAAGACAAGUUACUAUUAUAGCCUUCAGCUAAAUAUGAUUUGGAAAUUACCUACACGAAUAGUUAGAAGGAAAAAUUCACUGAUAAAUUUUCAUUUACAACAACACUUGAUCCAGUCUAAAAGAUUAAAAUUGAUAAUUUGUAUUAUUAAGAUGUCGUAAAUGCUGCAUUGACAGGUAAAUUUUCAGAAGCACCUGAGAAGAUGUAGUUCAAGAUUCCAUACAAGAUUACUUGUGAUACACUUGAUAACAAAUUAAAUUUACCAAAGGAAAUCUUGGCUUAAACAGGAGGGGAUGAAAUUAUUGAUAAGACUUGGAGUGUGGAGGCAAGAGGAGAUAAGGAUAUUACUUGUUCACUUCAACAAUAGGAUAGUGCUUAAUUCAUUUAGCCCUUCUCCAAACAAUUUAUAUUAUAAAAGGGAAUUUGGAAGGCUGAUCUAAAGUAAAUUGAUAUUAAAUACAACUUGUUUGAUAUCGUCAUAGGUGGAACAGUAUUAGAUAAAGCUCAAUUAGUACCAUUUAUAAGUGGUGCCAAUAUGAACUUCGUGGUUUAUCAGAAAGAUGAGACUUUGCAUACACUUUAAAGAGAAUUUAAUAUAAAAUCUGAUGAGAAAGGAUUAUUUUCACUCAAGUUUUAAAUAGGCAAAGGAGAGAAAUCAAUCGUAAAAUUAACAGUUUCUCAUCCUGAUUUUAUUGAUUAUAAGAAAGAAGAAUUGCUAAUUAUUAAUGGUAAUGGUCCUUAAACCUUAAAUGGUAAUAGCAUAACUUUAGAUCGUAUUGAAUUUACCGAUGUUAUUCUACAUUAUAAAAUUGACACAUUAGAAUAGCCAGCCACAUUAAAAUUAAAUUCAUGUAGUCCUUUUAUGGAAGUUGAUAAAUUGUACAGUCCAAAAUACGAUUCGAAUGAUGGAUCUUUUAAGAUUCAGUUUGCAUGUUACUAAAAUGUGAUCUAUAAAGCAACUCUAGAAAUAACCAUCAAGUCCUUCUCUGCCUAAACUAUCCAAUCACAUUAAUUCACAUGUGUCAAACCAACCAAGGAGAAGCCAGAAAUUGAACUCACAUCUGAUUCUCUCUUCAUCAAAGGAAACUUAAUUGUAAAAUUCCUUGAUGUUAACAAUCGUCCUAUCAAAGGGUAAUAAGCAACAUUCCGUACUGAACCCCUUUCCUAAGUAUUGACUCAAACAUCUGAUGAUCAAGGAACCAUGAAGUUCGUUGAUACCAAAUUAUUCAAAAAUCAAUAGUAUACUGGUUUACUUGCUUAUGGAUCAUAAAAUGCAGAACUAAAGUUUUAUCCAAAGUAGGACAACUUUGAGGAACAUUUUCAAGAUUAAUAUAUUGGAGGAUAAGUGCAAUACAAAGUAACUGGUAAAGUCAAGUUAUGUAGAGGACAAUUAGUCAAUCCUCUUUAAGUUAAUGUGAAAUGCGGUAAAUAUCCUGAAUAAACUGGAAAAACAGAUCUUGAGGGUUCAUUUUCAAUAAGCAUCUAAGCAGUUGGCAAUUUCAAUGAUGUUGUAUAAUGUACUACUAAAAUAUCUGGAGAUGUUGAUUACUCAUUUGAUUCAACCUUCACUAAAGGAACCUACUCCGUCUAUUAAGAUGUAUCAGUUUGUUUGAAGGAUAUUAAAUUAAAUGUUUUGGGUAAAUUCAUAGAUCCCAUCAAUUAACCUAAGCCUAAUUUACAAAUAACUCUGAGUGUUGUAUUCCAAGAAGAUCAAAAACCUAUCCCAAACAUUCCAUCCCUUAAAACUGAUGCUAAUGGUCUUUGGGAUCUGAAAGAUUAAAUUGUGAAAGCCAAUGGAAAAUAUAAAUUCAUUCUCAAAUAUAAAAAUGGAGCUGGAGAUGAAAAAACUAUUGAAAAAGAUUAUUAAACUUCUGUUUACUCUGUUAAACCUACCAGUGAUUAUGAAUUCCCAAAUACCUUCUAUUAAGAUUUUGAAUAGUGUCAUGUUUUCGGAAAGGCUAAUGAUUAUAAAUCUAAGAAUAUAGUACCUGCUGCUCUGCCAGUUGUGUUGACAUGUGAUUAAACUCUUUCGAAAGAUAAAAAACCUAUAAAGCAAUCAGGAAAGAUUGGAUUCGAUUUACAAUAUGAUUUAAAGGUUGAUGGGUUAGUCGAAUAUGAUCAACCAAUCCAAUGUUAAUUGAAAUCAGAAAAUGAAGCCAAAGCCAAAUUCAAUCAGAACAUAUAAUUGCAAGGGCCAAAGUGGGAAAUAAAACAAGAUCUAACAAUUCAAUACAUAACAUGGUUGAUAACUUUGAAGGGUUAAGUAUUAGAUCCAUUGAAGAUCAAUACAAAUUUAAAAGAUGCAAUUAUAACCAUUACUGUACAUUAACCAGUACCUAAUAAACUUUAAUCAAAAUUGAGGGGAAGAUUUCAUUUUGAUGUCCAACAAACCCAAUUAGAAUCUGUUAAUUCAAAAGAGUAAGGGUUGUAUCAAAUUGAGUUUUAAACCUUAAAUUAAGAAGCCUUAAGCAUUGAUAUUGCUGCCAAACUGACUGAUUUUAAUGAUUUCAAGCAAUUAAAUGCUUUAAGUAUAGCAGGAACUAAAAAUGAGGAAUUAACAUUUAAUAUCAAUUUACAAAGGAUAGAAUUUUCAGCUAUUUUGAGUUCGAGUGUGGAUGAAAUAGGAAGCAUCUUAUUUAAGACAAGUAAUCCACUUAUGCAAGAGGAUAAAGAUAAGAAAUUCUAUGGAACCAGCGUGGUGCUUUAGAAGGGAAAACCAUUCUAGUUUAAUGUUAAAUGCAAUUAGAAUGUUGAGUACGUAGCCACUUUCAUAUUAACAAAUGAACACCAAUAAUAAAUGGAGUAUAUGUCAGAUCCAUUCAAAUGUAAGGUGGCUCCUGAGUUGACAGUAAUCAAAAUUAAAUCUACAAAUGAUAAAUUCCUCUUAAAAAUAAGUGGUAUAAUAAAAGACAAAGAAAAGCUGUUUGAUGGAAUUGUUUCUGGAGCAACUGUCAUUAUAAAUUUGACUAAAAAUACUAAAGUAGUUAAAUCAAUACAAACGACUUCCAAUAAUAAGGGUGAGUAUUAGGGUUAAUUCGAGGUAAAUACCGACACGUAUCAAUAUGAAAUUAAAGUCACCCAUCCUCAAUUUAAAGAUGGAGAUAUUUCAGAUACAAUUGUUUUCUCAAAAAAUGAAGUUGUGACUCGAGAUGUAAUAUUGGAGAGAUAGACAAACACAUAAAAAAUUACUAUUAAUCUUUAAGAUUCCAAGAAAAAGCCAAUUAAAAAUUCUGAAGUGGGAACUUCAGAUUUUAAGCCAAAAUCGAAUGACAAGAAAAUUGUGAAGGCUGACGACACUGGUAAGGCAACUAUCGAAGUGGUUUGCUUCAAGGAUGUCCAAGAAACUUUUAAAUUGGAAAUAAGAGUUGAAGAUUUACGAGAGACAGUUGAAUAAACAAUUAGUUGUGAUGGAAAGAGCUAAGAUCAUUCAAUAAUGACUUAAUUACAAUAUGUUAAUAUAAAUGGGAAUGUGAUUGAUCCAUACUGUAAAGGCAAGAGUGACCUUAAAUUAAAUCUUGAUACUACUCCUGAGACUCAGAAAGUAAAGGUAAAUACAGAUAAGAAAGGUGAUUGGGAAGGCGAAUUGCUUGUUAAAUUAAAUCAAGAAUACAGUGUAAAUGUUAAUUAUAAUGGUUGGGAUGGGUAAUAGUAAAGUUUGAAGGAGAAAUACCAAAUCAAGAGUGAUUAAACUAGUUUGGAUUUUCAGAAGAUCUAUUAUUCUGAUUAAGUUGAGAGUUCGGUUUAAGGUGAAGUUGUUUCCAGUGUUUAUCAUGUUUCCUUGAAGUUCCAUAAGAUAUCGUUGUGGUUUGAUAGUAAGGAGGUUAAGGAAAGCGAGAUUGAUGAGUUCAGUGAGUAUGAGAUGAAGUUUAAGGUCGUGGCUUAAUGUAAUAAGGAGUACGAGUAUCAGAUCUAAAUCAAGGAGACUCAACAUUUUGAGAGAAAGACAGUUCCUUUGAUUAUCAAGCCACCCAAAUAUGAUUACAAAGUAGACAUAGUUGUUGAAGAAACCAAGGCUUAUAUAAAUGAGAUAAAGAAUUUCUUUUCAAAAUUUUUGAUUAGCGGGUACUUAGAGUCUGAGUACAAUUGCAAAGACAAACUGUUUAGGGCAGUUCAACAUGCUUAAGUUAAGAUUGUGAAGAAGCAGGAGUCGGGUGAUAAGGUGAAGGCUGCAACUCAUACAAGAGAAGAUGGGAAAUUUUAAUUAUAUUUCUUUUUGUCUAAAUCGCAAGUGAAAAACAAUAUAUUUGUUUGGCUACAUUUUGAGAAAGAAGGAUUUACAACUCCAUAUCCCCUUUUGAUCAUACCGUCGUAGUAUGAAAAGUUUCAAAUGGAUGACGAAACGAUCACACAUAUAGAUAUAGGCUAUCAAUCCAUAUCUCCGAUUCAAGAUAUGGGUUGUCCAGAAGAUAUACCAAAGAUAUCAAAUAAUGAUUAAUCAACGAUUUUGAUUGAUUACAUUAAAAUGGGAAAGAAACAACUCAAAGGUAACAACAACUGA